UAUUUAAAGGGAUUUUGCAGUGAUAGUGGAACCACCCCCACCAAAUCCACAUUACCACCCAAACCUACGAUGACCCUGUGAGAACCCAUCCCUCACUGCUAAGCCUUCUGCUCUGCUCUUCCUCUCCAAAGACGCUCUCAUGGCGGAUACCGAUCAUACCGAGCAACAGAAACACAUUGCUUAUUUCGACAGAGAUUUGAGGUGGAAAGACUGCAUCUUGGACUCUGUAGAGUUCGAUAAACUUCCAGAAGGCCCGUUGCAGAGAAUUACUAAUCACAACGACACAGUCCUCCACUUGGCCGCUCACUCCAAACAAAAAGAUCUGGUACUCGACUUACUAAAGAAGUUGCCUAAAGACCGCAACCAUAAACUUUCCGAUAUUAUAAACACCGAUGGCAACACUAUACUCCACGAAGUAGCCACCAGCGAUGCCAUGAAAGGUGCGGCGGAGGAGCUGUUGACGAGAGAUUCUGACUUGCUAAUUGCGUCCAAUGGCUCAGGAGAGACGCCUAUAUUUUGUGCAGCCCGCUAUGGCCAAACUGAAAUGUUUGAGUUUCUGGCUGCGAAAUUGGGGCUAACGAAAGAAGGUCCAGAAGAUUAUAAAAUCUAUUUGCGGAGAAAAGAUAGAACAACAGUUCUCCAUAUUUCCAUCGCCUCUGAGUGUUUCGAGUUAGCCUCGCAUAUUGCUGACUGCUACCCAUAUUUAAUUGACGAAAGGGAUCAAUCCUCAAUGACUGCUCUUCAAUAUCUCGCAUGCAAUCCAUCUGCAUUUCAAAAUGAGAAAACACAAAUAAGACGAGGAUUCAUAGAGCAACUCAGCAAAUCAAAAGGAAUUAUUGGAGAAAAAAUCAUAUGGACUAUCAAAGUCUACUUUAAGCUACUAUUGGACAUAAGAAGAAGCAUGAUAAGAGAUGAAAGAUAUUCACUUGAAAGACUUGUCAUUCGUUUGGUAGAAAAUGAUACUUCAUGGGAUGCUAGUAUUAAUUCUCAAGCAAUAAGCCUAAGUGAGAGUAAGAAGGAGCCCGAAAUAAAAGAACACUCCUCCAAAUUAUCCCAAAUAAAGGAAGGACAAAACUCCCAAGAAAGUUCAACUAGCAAAUACAAGAAGAGCGAUGAAAGUCCAUUAUUUUUGGCAACAAUGUCAGAUAUUAAACUAAUUGUCAAAGCAGUACUCAACUUCCAACCUGAGGCACUUGAGCAUACUAAUAAGGAGGGACUGAACAUAUUACAUGUGGCAAUCCUUUACCGUCGUAUUGAUAUUUUUGAUGCGCUGAUAAAGUUUGAAGUGCUUGCAAGAAGGCUAUUAUCGGCAACUGAUAAUGAAGGGAACUCCAUACUACAUAUGGUUAGCCAAAAAAGAAAAAGUCAAGCUAGUGAAAAGAUGCAAAGCCCUGCACUUCAGCUACGAGAAGAGUUGCUUUUGUUUGAGAAAGUGAAGUCGGCCUGUAAGAUGCAUUUCUCCAAUCUUCUCAUAAAAGACCAGCAGACUGCGGAAGAAUUAUUUGCUGCUAAAAAUGAGAAACUCCAUCAAGAAGCCAAGGAAUGGCUAAUGCGUACCACGGAGAAUUGCACCAUUCUUUCCGUUUUCAUAGCCACUGUUGCCUUUGCAGCAGCCUACACGGUACCAGGAGGUCCUGAUGAAAGCACCGGUAUUCCAAUCCUUAACUCUAAACCCUUCUUUGAGGUUUUCAUUGUAGCUGAUGUGAUCUCCCUCACUAUGGCUUUGACAUCUGUGGGUAUAUUUCUCUCCAUCCUUACAUCCUCAUUUCCAUUAGAAGACUUCAAGAGAUAUCUUUUUAAAAAGCUGAUACAGGGAAUUAUAUGUCUGGUCUUCUCGGUCUUAAUGAUGGCAGUGGCGUUUGGAGCAACAAUCAACCUGAUGAUGACAGAUAGUCCAAAAAAUGUUGUUUGGGAUGUGGUUGCAUUCCUUCCGGUCCCUAUUUUUUUUCUUUCAUAUUCACCCCUACGUUCAGUAGUGCUGGGACAUUGUGGAAGUUUUGUUCAAAACUUCCUCAUAGUUGUUGCCAUUCCGGUUGUAAUAUUCCUCCUUGUCCUCUUUUUACUUCUCUUUGGAGCUUUUCAAGGACUGCGCUGGACCUUUAAAAAGGUUUGUGAGCUUAUAUGUAAACCUGUUCAUUGGAUAUCCGGGAAGAAAUCCGAGCCCAAAUCCGAUACCCAAUCUCCUCAGCCAACCACUCAAGUUUGAAAAAAGAAACAGAAUCUUGCUUCAGAACUCUUUUCAGAGCACCUUUUCCGUUUCCAAGUAGUAACAGAACAUGUUUGUGUAUUAAUAAAUUAGCAUAUUGAGAAUGUAGUUUUAGUUGUACUACUAAGUUGGUGGAAUCAAAUUUCCACAACACUUGAGAUCUCUGUAUCGUGCUAGAGGAAAAUCACUUCUAUGCAGAAUCAUUGUAUCAUAAGGGAAGAACGCCAAUCAACUCUAUGUGAAAGACGGUGUAUUUUUCUUGAGAGAGCGGUUUUAUGAUCAGGUUUUCCUAAUCCUCAUUGUUAUCUGAUUAGUAUAAUAUUUGGUUUAUUAUUAUUAAUGAUUGAAA